CUGGAUUACACUCUGGACAAAGUGAACGUCUGUGUCUCCUUUCAAAAUGAGCCGGGACGUUGCCAUCCACAGCUGGCCUGGCUCCUAUUACAUCAACAGUGAGAAGCGGUGGGAGAGUGGAACCCUGUCCCUCACCAGAACCACGCUGCGCUUCGUCUCCAACCAGAGUAAGGAGAGUCUCGCCAGUUUCCGUCUCUCCCGGAUCAUGGAGAUCAAGAUGGAGUCGUCUAGUUUCAUCUUCAGCACUCUCACGGUGCUCGAAGAGGGCAAUGUGAAACACUGGUUUGGUUCUCUAAAGCCCAACAGGGUGGUGGUUUAUAAUGUGCUGGAGCAUUUCUGGAGAGAACGCCUUCUUUCUCCCGGUUCAGAGGCCCGAGGAGCUGAGUGUCAGCCCUCUAAAGGGAGAGAGCUGAUCAACCUGGUAGCAGGAGCCCAGAGAAGACUGGAGGACACUGGGAGAGUCCUCAGCCACCAGGGAGAGCAGUUUGACAACAUGAUGCAGGGUCUGGAGAAGAUCGACUCUGACUUGGGCGUGGCUGACAAACUUCUGUCAGAACUGGAGUCUCCCUCCUGGUGGCCUUUUGGUAAACUCCCCUGGAAGACUCAGCAGGAGGCCAAGGCCGAGGACGCAGCAAGAGCUGCUGCUGCUGCUGCUGCUUCAGCAGCGAGAGGUUCUAGUAGGAACAAGGUGAUCAGCAGCAUCCCUGCUGUCGUGUCCAAAGGUGGAGACUCGGACUUGAAGCCUGGUUGCUUGCUAGUGCUGGUGUCCUCACUGGAAGUGAGAGACACAAACUGCCAACUUCUUCACCGAUUUGAAAGAAAUGAAAUUGACGAAAUCAGAGUGCACAGUCCCUAUGAGAUCACUGUUAGACAGCGUUUCAUUGGGAAGCCCGAUAUAUGUUACAGGUUCCUGUCUGCCAAGAUGCCAGAGGCGCUGUCAGUGUUAGAGAUGCAGUACAAGAAGAAGGUGGAGUUCACAGGCGAAUACACGGCUUUCAAGGCGACUCCUCUUUCAUCUCCAUGUGACCCAGAAGGGACGAGCUGGAAUGAAGGUUUGCUGCAGAAGUGCCAAGACACAGAGCUCCCACUGGAGGUCCCAGCAGGAGAGCUGUCCCAGUUGCAGGUGCAUGUCCUCCAGCCAUCUGUCAGUCAAGCUGAGGCCCAGGAGCUCAAACAGAUGCUGAUGCAGCUGAAGAACCUCGCCCUGGAGGCAGAGACGGAGCUGGAACGGCAGGACGAAGUUCUGGACGUCCUGACGAGCUCGACGGACCGAGCCACCAUGCACAUAGAGAAGCACACCUGCCGCAUGAAGAGACUGCUGUAGCGCCGACAGCUCAGGAGACGCACGGUCGCCACGUCCCUUCUGAGAAAACAACGUACUGUACGCCUCCUCAUUGUCCACACGGUAUCGGUACGAUUCUGGAAAUAAAGCUGUAGAGUCUCGCAUUUAGUCCGAAUAGUUCACAGGAUUUCUACUACAUGUGAUGGUUCAGCAUCAGUGGUUUCUAGGAAGUACAGCAACGUUCACUUAGCGCUCACCAAAAUACCUGAAAUUUGCACAUCAGUGAUUAAUACAAGAUGAGGAUGUAGGAAAUGUCUCAUAUUGACAAAAGCUGACCCUUAUGUCAAGUCAAAUCGAAAUAAAAACAAAGUCUAAACGUGUGAUUGAGACAAAUCCGCCGUCUUUGUGAACAGUAGAACGGUUCUCCCUCUAAAUGCAUGACCUGCACCUGCGGCUAGUGUUGCUACCGUUGCAUCUGGCUUAUAUGCUUUUAGCUACAUGGCUUUUUGAAAACACAUUUUUAAUUUUUUUUGGAUGUAGAAUAAGGAAACAAUAGUUCUGUGGGAGGGAAGGCAGGCGUUACUGUAAAACCAUAAUGGACACAGGAGUAGAAUAAAGGUUCAUCCCUCACUUCGUGCUUGGCUCGGCCUGAUAGAUCCCCAUGAAAACAUGUGUAGGGGAAGCUAACGAGAGGCCACACCCGCGUCAGAGUUCUAGCUGCUGAUUGCUGGUGUCACCUGAGCGGGAGCUGAGGGACUUAGCAUGAAACCUCAGUGCAUGCCACGCGCUCCCAGCAGGUGAAGGACGACGAGUCUAUCAGAGGAGACACGCAGCAGCUCGAACCAGUGAAGAAGAAAAGGGACGAAAGAAAGACGAAAACAGCUGGAACAUUUACUGACUCUGCACAAACUAAUUCAAAACAAGCUGCAUGUUGUUUCUGUCGGUGUUAUUUACCAGACGGGUGUAAGGGUGACGGAGAAACCGGAUUUCAUUAUAGUUGUUUUUCUCCAAUUUAGAUCUAAGGUUUAGAUUAUAGACUGACGGGUGGAGUUAGCCGGUGUCUGAUGAUGUACUGCCAUUCUUCCUUUUUACAACCUGUCCCCGUUAAAAGCGUCUUUCUCAGGUCCUCGGCGUCGCUCAUCCUCUCUGGACGGCGUUCCCCUGUGGAUAAACGUUGCAUGUCUCAAUACUGCUGCUUCGUAUCGCACCAAGUGAAAACCAGUGUAUAGCAGAAGACUGUAAAUGUGCAAUUAAGUUAUGGAACAGAAUAGAGAACACUCCCUUUUAUUUGUUUGUUUGUUUUUUAAAGACUAUUAUCAUCAAACUACUUCACAUCUACUGUACCUGCCUGACACUAUUCUAGAUCUGUAUUAUCUGUAAAUGACGCGUGUGCUGUAGUUCUGUACUUUGGUUGUGCUCUGUCACCACUGUGAACUCGUACUUAGCCAUUAGCUGAACUUGAGAUAUCUGUACCGACUUUAAAAAUGAUCUCAGUGCUUCUUUUUGUCGAUAAUGAUGAUUUAUCUUGGCACAGGAUAAACGAUUAGCUUUAAAUAUAAGGGAAGUCUGUCCGCAUCGUCGUGAACAUCGAAUGAAUUCCUUUUUAUCAGCUUGGAAGUCGUCACCGUUUGAAGUCUGUAAUGGCGUUUAAUUUGCAAUAAAACUGAAGUGAGUUCGA